AUGUUCCUGGCACAGUAUUGCGGAAAUAAAAAGCAAAAGAAAAGCAUUGCCAGCCUCUUCACCGUAACGCAGAAAAUGGGAGAAACAUUGCAGGAUUUCUUAUCAAGAUUCAACAUGGAGGCAUCAGAAAUAGCGGAUUGUCAUCCCGCAACUGCUAUAGAGACAUUUAAACUGGCAAUGAUUCAGGGGACGAAGUUCCACACUUCCCUAGUCAAGUAUUCUCUUCCCGACAUGCAGACUCUAAAUGCCAGGGCCCAGAUCUACAUUUGGCUUGAGGAAAAUAUAGCCCACCGAGCGCAGCACGUUACCCUCGUGACAGUGGAAAACAAGCCUCGAGAAAAAAUCCCAACUCUAAAGAUUCAAAAAAGCCAACGUUCCUCGAUGCCGGUCACCCAGGCACCUGAAAAAAGGCAAAGGGUAGAGGAAGGAUUUACACCUCUCCAAACUACCUUGGCUCGGCUCUUCCAAGAGAAUAAGAUGAAGUUCACAACUCCGCAGCCAAUAAAGCAACCCUUGGAGCAAAAGGACAAAAGCAAGCAUUGCGUUCAUCAUCGAGAUUAUGGGCAUUCAACCAACGAUUACCGAUCCCUUAGGCGACAGGUGGAGAAUAUGAUCGCCAGAGGUGAGUUGACGGAUUACCUCAUGACAAAAGAACAUGCAAAGCCUCGCGAGGUUUAUCCCUACAAGGUAGAAGGUACGCAAGUAAAAGUCAUCCAUGCAAUACAUAACAGGUCUGAAGAUGAUCAAGAGUCCGAGGAGGUGUACAGAUUCAGAUUGAGGGUGACCCACAAGCUCAGGAAGAUAUCCUCGGUCAAUGCUAUCAAUUCUGGUAGCAUUAGUAUUGGAUUCGGGUAUGGUGACCUAUCCAGAGUGCAACUCCCCUACGAGGAUCCAUUGGUCAUCAGUCUUUUAGUGGCCAAUUGUAUGAUCAGGAGGGUUUUGGUAGAUCCAGGAAGUAGCGCUAACAUAAUCAUAAAGACGAUCUUUGAUCAGUUAGAGAUCUCGUCAUCAUCUGUUCGACCUACCUCCAGCCCAUUGAUGGGAUUCGAAGGCAUAAGAGUAGAUCCCCUUGGAGUAAUAGACUUGUCCGUAACCGCGGCGAAGAGGACUCUGAAGGAGAACUUUGUUUUAAUAGAGAUCCAUCUUUCUUACAAUCUCAUCAUGGGAAAAGACUGGAUACAUCGGAUGAGAGGAGUUCCGUUCACCCUCCACCAGGUGAUGCGUUGCUUAUCUUCGGACGGGAAAGAAGUAAUUAAUCUAUGGGGCGAUCAAGUCGCAGUGAAGGAAUGCUAUAUGUUGACACAAGUUGAGGCGAAGAGGACGUCGACUCAAUAG